UAAGCCACAUUAAGGAAACAAUGCUCCUCUCCAACACCACAGGCUCUCUGACAGGAGCAGUGCCCCUCUCGGUGGACUUCGACAGUCCUGUGGAUUACUUCGUCUUUAUUUUCCAGAUUUUAUUCGCUACAACUGCUGUCCUCAUAGCUGCACCUGUAGGCAUUGCCAUUUUCUCCACCAGAGCGCUCCGUCUGCAAAACAGGUUUAUUUUCAUGCUGAACACCAGUAUUUGUGACACGCUGGUUGGGAUUUCAGUGUUUUAUCUGGGCCUGUUUGACGUUCAGGAGGGAUAUCCGUCUAGAAAUGGCACUUAUAAUUUUUUGCCGUCACUUCUUGGGGUAAACAUAAUGACAUUUUUAUUUGCGCAAUUUGACCGGUAUUUUGCUGUGUGUCAUCCAUUCAUCUACGCGCGUUUAAUCAGCCGGCAAGUGGUCAUCUCUGCAAAUGUCUACUGCUGGCUUCAUGUCUACUCUCAGUCGAUCGUUUUAAAAUUUUUGCCACUUUCCAAAUCAGUACAACUGUACGUUUUCAGUAUUGGUAUCUUACAACUCAUCGUGCUCACCAAAGUGGUCAUGACUAUUAAACUGUAUGUUAUUGCCAGGUACCAGGUCGAGAGAGACCCUCCCAGCGCCGAGAAAGACAGCAAGAAGGAGUCAUUAAGAAUCAUCAUUUUUGUUGUCAUAAGCUUCUUGGUGUUGUGGUGCCCCUCUUUUGUUAAUAUCGUCCUCAGAUUCCUCACAGGAGGAGGGCUGACGUUUAGGAAUGAGGCCACUAACCCCUUCGCCAUCCUGGCUCGUCUGAGCGCUGUGUGCACCCCGGCGGUGUACCUGUGGGGGAGUCCGGCUCUGAGAGAGGCCACGGUGAGGACCGUGUGGGGCAGAGUGUGUCCCAGAUGCAGGAGGAGGGUUGGCUCCUGUUCCGUGAAGGGGGAUGGCAGACAGAGGCCUCUAAAGAUCCACUGACUGUCAAAUGGGCCCGUGUUGACCGAGGACGCCGUCACUCCGGACAGCAGCAAACCAGAAACAAAUAUUCAAGUGUAAUUUAAACAUGAAAUGCAUAAAUAGAUAAAUCGUUCUACUGCCAAGUUGAUUGCUCCUGAUCUUGUGCUGCAGUUUGUCCUUCAUAGUACUUAGAAACCCUGUAUAUUAUGACAACAAUCUGUAUAUCGUUUUUAUAGUAUAUCUGUAACAUAGACACCUGUACAUACCCUGUACAUAGGGUAAA